AUGGUGAUUUUCACCUCACAUGGCACAACCCCAAAAUGGCCAGACGAUCUUGCAAUGUGGGCAAUAUAUGCAAAGUUUGCUGCAGUUUAUCCUGAACAAUCAAAUUGCAUGUCAUUCAUUGCAAACAAUAUGAGGAACUGCAAAGCUGACAAAGAUCUCAUUGAUCAAAAAAUUCUUAAUAUUGGACAAAUCAUUAAGACAAGAGAAACAUUGUUCACAGUUGAAUUGAAGUCAAGGAUUGCUAAGUUAACAAAGCAUUUUGAUAAGUCCAUAAACAGAUUAAGAAACAUUUGGGAUCUUGUUCUUCAAGGGAACUUUGGAGAAAUGGAUCAUUCAAAUAAAUCUGCCUAUCUCAGUGUGAACGAAUCAGAAGUUGAAGUCAAUCAAUUAAUGAUGCUUUAUCCUAAUAACAGAUUUGUGGCCAGACAAUAUUUCAGAUUCCUAUCCGAGAUCAAACUUGACUAUGUAAACGCCAGGAUAUGGAAAGAAAAUUACAGGCUGUUACAAUCAGGAAUACAAGUUAACAAAGACACAUUACACGAUUUGGGAAUGAUUGCUUUUCCUAACAUCCCUGAAAACAUAGUAAAUUCAUUUAGUUCAAAAAUCUUAAUCACAACAAAUGACGAAGAAAUUUUUCAAUCAGAAGAGAAUAUUAUGGCUGAUGAUGAUUUAGAUAAUCAACAACCUGACACAAUCAAGAAACUUAUUGAUAAUCACAAAGUUCCAGCAUUGCAAUUUAUGAAGUUUUUCAUGAUCAUCAAUUUGAUUGUGUUUAUUUUGAUUCCUUUCCUAGCAUUAUACUUUUAUUUCGGAUAUUUCACAGAUUCUUUAGACGAGCCACUUGAUUACUUAUAUGGAAUUUCAUCAAUGAGGAAUCUUAUUAAUAUUCUUCCAUUAUUUAUCGGAAAAUAUUUAUUAGAAGAACUUCCAGAUCCCAAAAAUCCCUCUCAAACCCUCAUGGAGAAAAAUGUAAUUACUGAAGGAUUUCCAUUGAAUGCUUAUGGAGGCUAUCUUGAAUCAAAAGAAGCCACAGAAUAUUUGAUUGCUCAGGUUCCAUUGACGACUGCAUUGCUAACAUCUCUAAGAUCUUACAAAGUUGGAAAUGAAAUAAUUGAAGAAGUUCGGACAAAAAUAUUUUCUUCAGUUCUUCCUUUUAAUAUUUAUGAAUCUCCUGAAGAAGUAAUGCAAACUAAAACUAGCAUGAUUGAAUUAAUUGUUUUAAUUGCCACACAUUGUGCAAAGGUUCUUGAUUUUGAAAAAGUUGAUGUUAGCGUUGCAGGCGGAUUAGAUGCGGUCACAAGCCGUUCUAACGAUGUUACCACCACAAGAGUUGCUGGAGAAGCAAUGAGUUUGUUAGUUGAUUACAUCCGAGAAGUUAAUGAUAAAAAUCAAAAAAUAUUUACAGGUAUAAUGCUUGGAAUGAUUAUACUUUGCGUAAUAUCAUUUUUUGUAUUAUAUCAUUUACAGUUGAAGCAGCUCAAAAUGAACAAAGAAGAAUUAUACAGCGUCUUCAGCAGUCUUCCAAAAACAGUGAUUUCAAAUGUUUCCGCUAGUUUUUCAAAUUCAAAACAAGACUCAAUGAGCUCGAAAACGAAUGAAACUGAAUCGAAUAGACAAGAAGAUGGAAUCAUUAAAAUGUUCUCAUCAAUAAAUGACGGUACAGCUGGAUCUAUUGAAAUAUACAAUGCUUUCAAUGUAUUGAUUGUUGGAAUUUGCGCUUGUGUCGAAUAUUUCUUGAUGCUUUCAAGUUAUAAGAAAGCUUCAGAGACAUUGGUUAAGAAUUGUCAUCACGUUAAUUACAUAUAUGGAAGUAUUUGCCAAAUGUUUUCAUUGGUAUCAAGUAUGAUAACAAUUCUUCCUGCAAAAUAUGAUGAUAGCUUGUAUACAUUGUGUCCAAGACCUGAUGUUGAAAUGAAUGUAAUUAGGAAUUUUGUUCCAACAAUUGUUGAUUAUUUGAAUUUGUUAAGACUUGGAGGUAAAGAUGAAUACGAUAUUCCAUUCUUAGGAAUGAAAAAAGCCCUUCAAGAUUCAACAGAAAUAUUACAUAAAAACGUCGAUCAAAACAGUGUACCAAAGACAAUUCCUGAAAGUGCACAUCAGUUUUCUUGUGAACUCCAAAUCUAUUUGACAAUAGCAUUAUUGAAGAAACAAGUUAAUUUAAUGACUCAAGAUAUUUGGCCAAAGUUAAGAGAUGAGGGUAUUGAAGAUCUUUGGCAAAUUGGUCCAUUUGAACUUUAUGAGACAUUCUAUUCUCACACUGGAAGACAAUUAGUUCCAACAAUUCAAGGACAGACAUCGAAAGAGGAAAAGCCAAUUUUGAUUUGUUGCAUUUCAUUCACACUUGUUUCUUUAUUGUUCACAAUUGUAUCUUUAAUUAUGAUUCAUAAUGAAUCAAAGUUAUUGAGAUUUGCUUUAUUGAAUCUUUUAAGAGUCCAACCAACAAUACUUUUCCAGAAUUCAAGAAUCAUGGAUGUUCUUUCUGGGAAUUACAGUAAAAGAAAGGAUGAUGAAAUAGAAAGAGAUUUAAAGUUCCACAAUGAAGUUGCAAACAAAUUAAAUGAUAUUGUAGUUGUUGUCAAUGAAGAGAACAAUAAAAUCCUUAGCGCCAAUAAAGCAUUUGAAGAUACAUUUAGAAUUAAGGAAGAAGAUAUUAUUGACACCUUAAUUACUGAUUUCUUUGUAAAUGAAAGAUUUUCAUGUGAUGGAAAGGUUGAAAAAGCAUUGAACACAACAACAGUACUUACUUUUAUUGAUCACGAAGAGAACAAAAAUUUCAUUGAAUUCUCAACACAAAGUGUUGCAGGAAGAAAAAUCUUCAGUGGAAGAAAUAUAACACAAACAUUGAUGCAUGAAAAAAUGAUUGAUGAUGAAAAGAAGAGAUCUGAUCAAAUGUUAGCUUCUAUAUUACCUGCUUGUUUAGUUCCAAGAGUUCAAGCUGAAGAGAAAAACAUUUCUUUUGCAAUCAAAUCAGUUACAGUUCUUUUCUUAGAUGUCGUUGAAUUCACACCAUGGUGUGGAAGUCAUGAUGCACAAUAUGUGAUGAGAAUGCUUAAUAUUAUGUUCAAAGAAUAUGAUUUAUUAACAAAUGCACACAAGACUAUGACAAAGAUCAAGUGCAUCGGUGAUUGCUACAUGGCGGCUGGAGGCAUUUUCGAUGAAGUAAAUCAACCAGCUGUUCAUGCAAAAGAAGUUGUUGAUUUUGGAUGCAGUGUUAUUAAGAAGUUAGUUGAGAUUGAUGAACGUGAAAAUGAAAGCCUUCGAAUCAGAGUCGGAAUAAACACAGGAGGUCCAAUUAUUGCUGGAGUUAUUGGAACAGAAAAACCAACAUUUGAGAUCUUUGGACCUGCUAUCAACAUUGCACAUGAAAUGGAAAGUAAAGGAGUUCCAAUGAAAGUUCAUGUAAGUAGACCAGUUUAUGAACUUAUUUAUGGUCAACAAUUUGUUAUCAAGGAGCGAGGAGAAAUUGAUAUUAAGGGUGGAAAGAUGUUUACUUAUCUUGUUGAUCCAUAA